GCCGCCAGUUGGCGCUGGGCGGCCUGCUCGGCCUCUUUCGGAGCCUGUUUGUCUACCCGCUGCCGGGGAUGGAAGUGCAGGGAAGCCGCGGCCGGCCAUGAAACCGCGGCCGCGCUAUGAGAGGAAGCAUCACGCCAAAAGCCAGGCAUUUGGAACAUACCACAAUCCGCCAACCACCAUGCAAGCCCACUCUAAUAAUCGCCACAGUGCCCCAGGAAAUAGCGAUGCCCCCCAGGGUGCACACGCAGCAAGGUUGCCAGGAGAAGGAUUAUGCCAGCGGGGAGGGGAUGUUCACAUCCAGUUAAACACUGCUGUGGUGGAGGUUGGAGAAGAUUCUGGAUCCAGGCAGCAUCCACAUUCUGGACCCCAUAGUCGCUCCCAUGCUCACUCUCAUGGUGACGUGAGGGGGCCUGAAGACGGCAACACGGAUUCAGAGGAGCAAAGCACAAGUUCUCUCUCGGAGCUCAGAUAUCUCCUCCAGUGGCUACACAAGAGUCUCCCGUACAUCUUGAUCCUGUCUGUCAACCUCCUCUUACAACAUGUCAUUGGCAUUUCUCUGGGAAUUGGGAUGCUAACAACUUUUAUGUAUGCAAACAAAAGCAUUGUAAAUCAGGUUUUCCUACGAGAAAGGUGUUCCAGGCUGCACUCUGCUUGGUUACUCUUGUUCCUAACAGGAUCAUCUGUCCUUCUGUAUUAUACCUUCUACAACCAAUCACUUCAUUACAGCUUGAUUCUUUUAAGUCCAACUGUGGAUUUCACAAACUUUUGGGAGGCGCUUUGGAUCGUGGGGAUCACAGACUUCAGCCUGAAGUUCCUCUUCAUGAGCUUCAAAUGCAUCAUUCUCUUGUUGCCUUUUUUAAUAAUGUCUUUUAAGGCCAAGGGUUACUGGUAUAUGCUGUUGGAAGAGAUCUGCCAGUUUUACCGUAGAAUUGUCCCUAUACCUGUCUGGUUCCGCUAUUUUGUUGGCUUGAGGGAGCAGGAAAGCGCCUUCGGAUGGAGUCUUGGGAUCUUGCUGGCUCUGCUCUAUCUUAUCCUAAAGCUUUUGAGCUUUUUUGCACACCUGAAACACUUCAGACGAGUUUUGAGGAUGUUUUAUUCUCAGCCGAGCUAUGGUGUGGCUGCCAGCAAGAGGCAGUGUGCUGACACGGAUGACAUUUGCUCUAUCUGCCAAGCUGAGUUCCAGAAGCCCAUUCUUCUCAUCUGCCAGGUUAGACUCGUGCAAAUGUAUUACUGUUUUAAUUGUAUUCGUAUCCCACCUCAUGGACAUAAAGACUGCUUACCUAGAGCUCCCAGGUAGUCUCACAUCCAGGCUCUGGCCAGUUCCUGGAUCUGCAAGGCAAGUUGGGCAGUCACUGCAAGGAUGAUGUUUCCUUCUCAUGGGCUGAGUCAUGGUGAGGGGGGAGAACGCCACUUUCAGGAGUGUACUGUAUCCUUUGGGAGUUAUUAGGUCUGUAAAUUUUGCUACCUGAUGAAAUUCUAACCUGCUACGCUUGCUGGUAGAGUGAUUAAAGUGUUGGACUAGCAACGGGGGGAUCCAUUUUUGAAUCUCUACUCCUCCUUGGGACAGAUGCACAAUCUAACCUACCUCACCGGGUGGUUGUGAGGAUGAAGUGUAGGAGAAAACUGGGGAGAAAGGUAGGGUGUAAAUGAAGCAAAAUAAAAGAUUUUUCACCAGAGUGAAAAGAAACAUGGCUCACGUGCCUAGUCAUUUCUUCCUCCUCUUCCCAUUCCAGUUCUGACAAUCAGCCUUUUUAUCCUCUUCAGAAUUUAACGUUGUUGUUUAAAUAUUCCAAUUGUCAGGUAUUAAUUCCAUCUUUAAGUCACAUUGAGUAGUUUUAGAGCAAGGAGGGAUAUAAUCUUCCCUGACAAAUAACUUGUUUUCCUAACUGCACACCUUUCGCACUGCAGUCAUGGAAAAGAGGUAGGCCUGUUUUUGGCUGGGCACUUUGGGCAGGUGGGGCAGCAGCCCCAGAAUCUUCUGUAAUUGAGUGAAUCCUUUGGCAGGCAGGUCAGUGGGGAAAAGGAGGGCUGAAACGGAGUUUAGAGAAUGGUGGCGCUUCACCAGUUUGAUUAGAGGCACAGAUUUAAACUAAGCAACAUAUAUUCAGACCACAUUUUCUAUGCUCUAAUGAAAAAUUGGUUCUUUUUG